GCAGCCCGGGAUGCAAUCAUCCAUGCUUGGAACGCGAGGUCACGGAACGUACCAUUCGCUAGAAGAGGGGCAGUCGUAUUAUUUACAUCCCAUAACUAAAACGUCAAARAUCAUUCAAAAACUCAGAGMAAUGAAGMMAUUUCUUGUAUGGAGUUURRUURUUGCUUCCCUGCUUGGUAUAGUUCAAUAUUUUAGCCUUUCUUGGUUGGCAUUCUUGGGGUUGCUGUUUGUUGCCUUUCUUGCAUCGGGAGGACCUACAUUUCCAAARGUUUUCUUUCGUACCUUUUACCGUGAUGUAGACUCAUUGUUUAAACUAUUUCGUGGUCUGACAAUGGCAGCUUAUUACAGCUCAAGAGGCUACACUGUUGGUGAAAUCUUCACCAAUACAGCAAAUAGAUAUCCACAAAAGACAGCAUUUCAGUUUGAAGGCAGAAGCUGGUCCUUCAGAGAAGUAGAAGAAUACACUAACAGAAUUGCCAACAUUUUYAAAUCCAAAGGGUUUGAGAAGGGAGAUGUGGUUGCKCUUUUAAUGGAGAAUAGGCCUGAAUAUGUUUUCAUAUGGCUGGGGUUAUCUAAAAUUGGUGUUGUUACAUCAUUGAUCAAUAAUAAUCUUCGUCUGGAUUCACUGCUGCAUUGUAUAAUAGCUUCUAAUUCCAAGGCAUUGAUAUUUGGUAGUGAUUAUUCAGAUGCUGUAUUUGAAAUACUGGACAAAUUACCAGACUCCUUGCAGUUUUUCAGCCAUGGUAGUAAUGCUAACAGUAAAGUUCCCUMUGAUAGUCUUGACCAGCACCUCAAGCAUGCAUCAUCUAAACRACCAACUGUCAACUACAAACAGAGCAUGCAAGAUGUUGUAUUAUAUAUUUUCACCUCUGGAACUACAGGACUUCCAAAGCCUGCAUUGAUCAGAUCAAUGAAGUUUGCACUUGUCGCCACUUUUGGAUAUACAUUUAAUGUUGGUCAUAAAGAUGUCAAUUAUUGUCCACUUCCUCUAUAUCAUUCUGCUGGUGGUCUAAUUGGAACAAGUUUCACCAUAUUUUUUGGAACAACAAUGGUUGUCCGUAGGAAGUUCUCAGCAAGUAGAUUCUUUGAUGAAUGCAUUGAAUACAAAGCUACGGUUGUGCAGUACAUUGGUGAAUUGUGCCGUUAUCUACUUCUUCAACCACCUCGCCCAACAGACAGUCAACACACAGUUCGUGUAGCAAUAGGAAAUGGUCUUAGACCAAAAAUAUGGACCGAAUUUCAGUCUAGAUUUAAUAUCAAGCAAAUUGGAGAAUUUUAUGGRUCAACAGAGGGAAAUUGUGCUGUUGUGAACACUGAUAACACUGUAGGGAAUUGUGGGUUUACAUCAAGGAUUUUCCCKAUAUUGUACCCAUCAAAACUUAUCCAGGUUGAUCAGGAAACUGGUGAAAUAUUAAGAGAUAAGAAUGGAAUGGCAAUUGAUUGCAAACCAGGUCAACCAGGGCUGUUUGUUGGAAAAAUAAUAAAUUCAAGCAAUGCCUUCCGUUUUGACGGCUACCUGGACAAAAGGGAAACGGCCAAGAAGAUAGCUCAUGAUAUUUUCAMAAAGGGUGACCGAGCCUUUCUUUCUGGUGAUAUAGUGGUWCAGGACGARUAUGGCUAUGUCUACUUCCAAGACCGCACUGGAGAUACUUUCAGGUGGAGAGGAGAAAAUGUGUCAACAACUGAGGUCGAGUCCAUUAUAUCCAAAGUUCUUGGAAUGAGAGAUGUCAUUGUCUAUGGUACAGAAAUACCUGGYAUCGAAGGAAAAGCWGGAAUGGUUUUCAUAGUUGAUCCAGAGGGACAACUGGAUGUUGGAUCCCUUGCACAAAAGCUUCAGUUAGUUCUACCAGUUUAUGCACGGCCAAUGUUUGUUCGUAUUGGAGAGGCUGUUCAACUGACAGGAACRUUCAAAUUUCAGAAAAAUAAGCUAAAGAAAGAAGGUUUUGAUAUCCAUGUAGUGAAGGAUCUUUUAUAUUAUUUUGAUUCAAAAUCAAAGACUUAUUUGGCUUUGGAUGAGAAAGCUUAUAGUACAAUCAUGGAUGGCAAAAUGAGACUAUGACACAAUGUAUUCCUAGAUAUUUCAAAAUUUAAGCCCUUUUUUUUUAAUUUAAUCUUUUUUAAUUUUUUCUAAUCUGACCGCAAAAGGAACUAUCGCUGUGUUCCGACAAGAAAGUCAAGUAAAUUUAUAAAGUGAUUAAUUUUUAUAUAACGGAAUUUUGUUGUACGUGUCAGUGGACGAUCAAUCUACCAUGAAUAAAAUAUACAGUAUUCAGUA